GUUGAACCUCGAACAGUUACAUCAAGUGACAACGUGAGAUUUGUUAGGUUAUGUUUUCAUUAUUUUAAUUAAUAAAUAUGAGUGAAGCAAUAGAAGAAUUAACAAAAUUUGUACAAAUUGGUGCAAGAUUAGAUUUAAAAGCUAUAGCAGUAGAACAUGUUUUAGGUCUGACGGGUUCGGAAGAAGGUUUAAAUCUUAUACUACAAAAACCAGAACUGCUUACAUCUUUGAUAAGUCUUUUGGAAGAUAAAACAGUGGCUAUAGCGAAAGAUGCAAGUAUGUGUUUGGUGAAUAUAUCCGCAAACGAAAAAGGAGCUGCAGCACUAGUUAACUUGAACACUAAAGAAUAUUGUCCUCCCCUACAAAAACCCCCGGAAAAUGUGAUAAAAGAAAUUUUAAAACAUAUUUUCAACGUUGAAAGUUUUAUAGCUGACCAGUGUUGUAUGAUCCUUUCAGAUUUAACCAGACCUUCUUAUUUAAUAGAGAAAGUAAUUGAUUUUAUAGAAGAUAGUGAUAAAAAGUUCGAUGAUAUUAUAAAUGUUUUUACAAAAGUGGCUUAUAACAAAAAAGGCGCUAAACUGCAUUAUCUCGGUCCAGUUUUAUCAAAUUUAUCACAAAACCAUAAAGUGCGAUUAUUCAUUCUCGAUAAAAAUAAGUGUGUUAUUCAACGACUUUUACCUUUUACUGGAUAUGCUUCGUCUUUAGUGAAAAGAGGCGGGGUAGUGGGUACUUUAAAAAAUUGUUGUUUUGAGGAAUAUUACCAUGAAUGGUUAUUAAGUGAAGAUGUAGACAUUUUACCACAUUUAUUAUUACCAUUAUCUGGUAAUGAAAACUUUGACGAAGAGGACAAUGAUAAAUUACCACUUGAAUUGCAAUAUUUACCAGAAGAUAAACUUAGAGAAGAAGAUCCUGAUAUAAGGAAUAUGUUAAUAGAGGCUCUAACACAAUUGGUGACAAAAAAAUCUAAUAGAGAGUACAUAAGGGACAAAAAUGCUUAUAUUAUACUUAGAGAACUUCAUAAAUGGGAAAAAGAUAAAAAGGUUUUGGCGGCUUGUGAAAACCUAGUUGAUAUUUUGAUAAGAACAGAAGAGGAAAUCGGAUUGGAUAAUUUGAAAUCCGUAGAGGUACCUGAAGAUUUUGCAGAAAAAUUUGAUAGAAUGAAUCAAGAGCAACUACAAGAUACAUAAAUGUGUUUAAUAUUUUUUCACCCCUAUCUCAAAUGGAUCUUUUUCAUCAUAUUAAGGGUGGAAGGAUGAAAGAAAAAACUUUUGAAAUGAAAUAAAAUUUAUUUUUAACAA